AUGCCAAGUUGUCGUGAGAUCGUACCGCCUUUUUUAGUAUGCGUACUCGUAAUCGCUUCCCUCGCCGUCGCCAACCUUUCCCUUUGUCUCUUCCUUGCCCAGUCGGUCGCCGCCGCUGUGGCCGUGCCGCCGCCGCCAGGCGCGCACGCCCUUUUCCACGGCGUCCCACGUCACGCCGUCGCGCACGAGAAACAUGGUGACGCCCAGCGUCUCCACGUUGCGGUUGCGGCUCUCGUCGUCAAAGAACAAAAAGUCUUCGUAGGCGAUCUGGGUGCGCCUCUGCAGCGCCUCCAUGUGCCGCAGCUUGUUGGUUGGGUAGAUCUCGAGGCCGGCAUCAAACAGCGUGAUGGCCGCAACCCCGCCGCCGCCGGUGUAGUCUGCACCUCCGUCUCGAUCGCCCCCGUGGGCACCCGGCCCCUGCGGCACCCGAAGCAGCUGCAGCAUCGCCCGCCCCAGCUCCGGUGCCGACGUGCGGCUCGCCACGCCCAUGCGGAUGCCUGCCGUCGGCAAGGCGUGCAGCAGGUGCGGCACGUCGCCGUAAAAGGCAAACGACUCGCCGUACUUGUCGACCACGAUGUCGAUGCAGAUCCAGACACGUCAGCGCCUGCGCCUGCUUUGCCUGCGGCUAUUGCGUCGCGCAGCUUCCUUGCCCGCCGCCCUCUCGCCACGGCCUCGUCGACCGCCGCGUCCGCUGCUUUGAUCUUGAUUGGCGCGACGACAUGCGUGUCCACCCAAAACGGCCACAGCGUGUAG